GCCUUUCCCCAGGAAACGGAGAAGAUGAUCAAGUUCCAGGAGCCAGUGUCCUUCAAGGACGUGGCCGUGGUCUUCACCGAAGGGGAGCUGGGGCUGCUGGACUCUGCCCAGAGGAAGCUGUACCGAGACGUGAUGCUGGAGAACUUCCGGAACCUGCUCUCAGUGGGGAAUCAGCCCUUCAAACCGGAGCUUAUAUUCCAGCUGGAGAGAGAAGAAGAGCUUUUGAUGAUGGAGACAGAGACCCAGAGAGAAGGGUGUUCAGGAACCAAGAGUCAACAUAUUAUGGAAAGUAUUCAAGAAGUGGGAUUAAGCUGCCUUUCUCCCAAAGAGCUUUCCACCUGGCAGACCUGGCAACAAGGUGCAGGCAUGUUAACCGGGUGUCAAGAUUCCGUGAAAAUUUUUCAAGAGAAUAUUUCUCAGCUGCAAAAACAAGGCGAUUCCCCCUGCCAAGUUUGGGCAGGAAUUCCGAUUCAGAUUUCUGAAGAUGAGAACUACGUAUUGACUCAUAUAGGAGAUGGUUCCCAUGACAUAAAAAGUCAAGAAUUUCCCUCUUGGAGAGCCCAGCAUUCUUGGAGGAAAAUGUAUCUUACAGAGUCACGUAAUUAUCAGUGUAGAUGUCAGAAAAUUUCCAUGAAAAAUGAUUUCUGUAUGUCUGAAAGUAUCAGUUGGAUCUCACAUCACAAUGAUAAUCUGGGUGUACACAGAACAGAAAAAAUCUAUAGCUGCCAUGACUGUGGAGAAGAUGUCCUGAAGGUUUCAUUGCUUAAUCAAGACUUAAUUCAGAAAGGGCAAAAGCCUUACCCUGGUAAUGAGUACAGAAAAGCCUUCAACAAUGACUCCAGUUCUGAAGAUCUUCAGCAGUUACACUUAGAAGGAAAGCCCUGUACAUACAGUCCAUGUGGAAAGGACUGUAGUUACAGUUCAUUUCUUCAUACUCAUCAAAGUGUUUGUAGAGGAGACAACUGUGUUUCUGAGAGUUCACAUCUGCAAUGCCAUCAGAAAGUACUCGCAGACAAGGUGACAUUUAAAUAUGAAUAUGGUGAGAAUGUCAAUCAGUGUUCCUCUCAUAACACAUAUGAACUUACUCACACAGGAGAGGUGUCCAACAGAUGCAACAUUUGUGAGAAGGGCUUCAGUCAUAGCUUAGACCUUAGUAGUAGUUUUAGGGUCCAUACUGAGCGGGAGCCCUAUGAAUUUGAGGAGAAUGGGAAUGCCUUUAACCAGAAUUCUUGCCUUCGAGCCCAUCAGAAAAUCCAAACUGAAGAGAAACUAUACACAGAUGUGGAGUGUGAGAAGGGUUUCAUUUGUAACUCAGAUUGUAACAUUCAGCACAGAGUUCACAUGGAAGAGAUUCCCUAUAAUUCUGAGGUGUGUGGUAACGGCUUCAGUCUGGCCUCACAUUUUCAAGAUCUUCAGAUAGUCCACACUAGGGAACAAGCAUAUAAACGUUAUACAUGUGGUAACAGCUUCAGCCAAAAUUCAUAUCUUCAAGGCCAUCAGAAAAUUCACAUUGGAGAGAAACCUUACAAGGAGUGUGGGAAUGGCUUCAGUUGGAAUUCAAAACCUAAAGAUCAUCAGAGAGUCCACACUGGAGAGAAGCCAUACAAAUGCAAUGCAUGUGGUAAAGUCUUCAGUCAUAGAUCAAUUCUUAAUGUUCAUCAGAGGGUCCACACAGGAGAGAAACCUUUUAAAUGUGAGGAGUGUGAUAAGGGAUUCAGUCGGAGUUCAUACCUUCAAGCCCAUCAGAGAGUCCACACUGGAGAAAAACCAUACAAAUGUGAGGAGUGUGGGAAGGGAUUCAGUCGGAGUUCAUACCUUCAAGGCCAUCAGAGAGUCCACACUGGAGAGAAACCAUACAAGUGUGAGGAGUGUGGGAAGGGAUUCAGUCGGAGUUCACACCUUCAAGGCCAUCAGAGAGUUCACACUGGAGAAAAACCAUUCAAGUGUGAGGAGUGUGGGAAGGGAUUCAGUUGGAGCUUUAAUCUUCAAAUUCAUCAGAGGGUUCACACAGGAGAGAAACCCUAUAAAUGUGGAGAAUGUGAUAAGGGCUUCAGUAAGGCCUCAACUCUUCUGGCCCAUCAGAGAGUCCACACAGGAGAGAAGCCAUACCAAUGUGGUGAGUGUGGUAAGAGCUUCAGUCAGAGAUCGUACCUUCAAAGCCAUCAGAGUGUCCACACUGGCGAGAGACCAUAUAUAUGUGAGGUGUGUGGGAAGGGCUUCAGUCAGAGAGCGUAUCUUCAAGGUCAUCAGAGAGUCCACACCAGAGUGAAGCCAUACAAAUGUGAGAUGUGUGGGAAGGGCUUUAGUCAGAGCUCACGCCUUGAAGCACAUCAGAGGGUCCACACAGGAGGGAAACCAUACAAAUGUGAGGUGUGCACAAAGGGUUUCAGUGAACGUUCACGCCUUCAAGCACAUCAGAGGGUCCACACAGAAGGGAGGCCCUAUAAAUGUGAACAGUGCGGUAAGGGUUUCAGUGGGUUUUCAAGUCUUCAAGCCCAUCACAGAGUCCACACUGGGGAAAAGCCAUACAAAUGUGAGGUGUGUGGUAAGGGCUUCAGUCAGAGAUCAAACCUCCAGGCUCAUCAGAGAGUCCACACGGGAGAGAAACCAUACAAAUGCGAUGCAUGUGGUAAGGGUUUCCGUUGGAGCUCAGGUCUUCUAAUUCAUCAAAGAGUCCAUAGUGGUGAUACAUUCUAUAAAAGUGAAGAGUAUGGUAAGGAUUAUCUUUCUUCAGAGAAUCCAUACAAAAGUGAAAUUCUGUAAAAUGGUAUUCUGUUGCAUUCUGAAGUCCUCAAAUGAGAGCUGAAAUUUUCCAUUCACUCCAGUUCUUAAAGUAGAAAAAGAAUUUCUUUCAUGAAAAGGUAAUGUUUCUGCCCAACAUCAGGAUUCACAAUAGUCAGGAGACCACACAGCAGAGACAUCUAAUGAAAGGGGUUCCAUACGGGAUUUUGUGAGAACUUUAACAUGUCAUUGCACAUUACUUUAACCAGUUGUUGCACUAGGGCUUAAAAAAGAUGAGUAUAGUCAGGAUUUUAACAGAAGCACAGUGAUGAGCAUGCCU